AUGCCGGUGUCUGCCGGUGCCGCGCUGCUCCCGCUCCGUCACCUCCCGCUCUCCGCGCUGCAGCGCGUCCCCCCGCCGCGGUACCGGCGCCGCCGCUCCCCUGCGCCCGCUCGGCCCUUUGUUCGCCGAUCGCUGCCGCAGCGCCGGGCGGCGCCGGGAGGGGCGGGGGCUGUCAGCGGUGGGGGUCCUCGAGCCCCCGCCCUGAGCCGGCAGCCGGUGUUGAGGUUGAGGGCUGCUGCCGGCGGGGCGUCGGCUGCGCUCUGUCCCCCCAGCCGCGGGGCACGCACACGGGGUAGCGGGGCGGUCAGGGUGACCGCGGGGGGGGCCGCUGUUUGGUUUUUCCCCCAGACGCGAAGAAAGCGUCGUGCCGGGAGCCGGGAGCCGGCCCCACGUCGGGGUGCAGCUGCCCCGGGGGCACCCGGCGCGCCCCCCUCUGCUCUUUGUCACCGCCCGUCUGCUUUGUCCCCGCCGGCCUCCCGUGCGACCCGACCGCACCGCGCGUGGGUCUCCGCGGCUCUGCUUUCAGCGUCCCACCUCCCUUUGUUAGCGCCGCAGCGGGGACGGGGGGUGUUGGGGGGGGCUGGAAACGCACCCGCGGGUUUGUCUCUUCCACGGGGAUAUGGGGAAAAAUCCCCUCGCUUGGCUCCCCGUAAAAGCUGUCUGCGCCGGGCUGAGCCAGGAGCGAUCCCAUUGUCUGGCGACGCGCGGUUUGAAUUCCACGCGAAAGCUUUUUGCGGCACGUUACAGUGCUCGCUUCGCAAGCAGCCCGCGGAACGGCAGCUCCCUCGGAGCACCGCGUGCCGCAGGUGCCGACGGAGCCGUGCCGUCGACCCCCCGCCGCUGCUGCUGAGAGGACGGCUCAGCUCGGCUGCAGCAGAAGCGGUGCAAAAUGCCGGGACCGCCAGCGCUUGCCGCUGUUACCUCCAGGUGUUCCGAGUGCCGCACGCUGUGCGUUCCUUGCUUGCUACGGGGUUUAUUGGCAUUGCAGGGAGUAGCUGAUCUCGCUCAUCCUCCUUACCUACGCUAAGCUCAUUGCCAGCAGCUCCAGGCUCCGAAGGAAGCCAUUUUAAAACCCAGUUCGAGAGAACGGAUUAUCAGCACCAGAAAGAAACCCACCCUGCCUGCUUGUUUCCUAGAAGAAAUUAAUUCACACGUUUGAAAGGGAGGAAUUCGUGUCUGUGUUUUCUAUAGAACUUGUUCAGACUGGAAGGGAAAAAAAGAAAAGAAAAAAGAAAAAAAGAAAGCAAAAAGAAAAGGGGUUAUUUCCAAAUGAAAUAUGGGGGGCGGAGGGGGAUGAAGCGGGUCUGUGGUUUUCUAUGUACCCCAGCUGAGAGCCGUGGCCGUGCAUGGGAGCCACCCAGAUAUCUGCGGCAGCCUUUGGGCAGGGCUCGGCGCGCUCAUUGCAAAUGCUCCUCGAGGCCGCGGCUCGCUGGGCUGCUCCUUUCUGCUGCCCGUCUUUUCCUCCCUGCACCCCCGUGUCUGCCGGCUGCGGGCUGGAUGCCACCCUCAGCAGUUCCCCAGGCAACCGGCCCGGUGGCAGAAACAGGCUGAGCGGCAAAGGGAGGGGAACAAAAAGCCCCGCGAUGAUUUCCCUCCCGGGGCUGAUUUCCCAUGGUGUGAAAGUGGCGCGGCUACAUGAGCCGGGCUGUGGCAGCUCCCGGGUUAUUGUGCAGCCAUCCCCGCCGGCCGUACGAGUGAGAGGAGGCACAGCGUGACCUCAGCACAGAGCACGUUUAAUGAAGCUCGGAGGAUCGGGCUGGUUUUCUCCGACGCAUCCUCGUCCCCGGUGCUGUUAGGGUUCACAUCCUCCCAGAUGGGAGCUGGGUGUGAUCCCCUUCAGCCCUCUGCUGCCAGACUGGUGGCUGAUGGACGCCAGAGGCCCUGGCAGGGGGCAACACAUGGCCAAGGGCGGCCAACGAAUGCCCCAGGGAAGGACUCGUCGUCUCACUUUGUGAUAUCUGCAUUGGCGUGAUGUGCUGCGGCAGACUGUGCGCUCGUCGGGAUGCUUUUCCCAAGGGGGAGCUUGCUCUUCCUUUUGGAAACCGUGUGCCCAUCACACCUCCUCAUCCAGGGGCGCCCCAGGAGGAUGCGGAUGGCUCAAAGACCUGGGAACUAUGACAGAGGCUGGGGAGCUCCACGGCGUACGGGCACGGUGGUGGCAGGUUGAUGGUUGGACUGGACAAUCCUAGCAGUCUUUUUCAACCCUAAAGAUUCUAUGAGCUGGGAGGAUUUCGCAGUGGUGUCUGGGCUGAGGAAAUGUUUUUGUCUCAACCCGUGCUGGCUGGAGGGACAGGGUGCAAAGAGGGACGAGGCUGUGUGCUUGGCCCGCCCUCUCCGCAAGUUUGCCCCCACUCCUGCACAGCCCCGCUGCACAGCCUGGCCCAGGAUCCUGAGAAAAUCGCUAAGCUCCGAGAAAGUCAUUAGAGCACAGCCCCGCCAGAUAGGAGAAGGUAAAAACUGCAGACAGAAAGAGGAUUAUAGGAACGGGAUCAUGGGUAGCUCCAGGGCAGGGGAGGAUCAGCAGUGGCGCAGAAAGCCUUUCGGUAGGAUGCUAAGGGAAGAAAAGAGGGAGGGCUGGGAAGGGUGACUGCUCCAGGAGAGCUGCCGCCCUACAGCGCUCGCAGUGCGGGCAUUUCUUGCUUUGGCUCAUCCGUGCUGAGGCUCACAGGUGUGCCCUCAUGGCGGCGGAGGGCGGUGUGAGCAUCUAACAGCAUCUCAAACAGCGUGUAGUAGCCGAGUAUAAACCACCGCAGUACAAAAGAGAGGUGAAAAAUGGUGUCCGUGAUUAGGAAAUGAUUGGGCAAUUAGAAGCACAGAGCAGGCGGGAGGCGAAGGGCAGAGUUUUCUCGAGGUGGUGCAGGAGUGCCGAUGAGGGAGGAAUCGAUGCUCACAUAAAUCUCACUGCAUGGGCGCCGGGCACGGCAAGGUGCUCCAUUGAUGCUGUGGUCCCUGAGCCAAUGGCAGGAGGGCCACUUGGUGCCUGUGUGCACGGCUCUCCGGGCAUAAAUAUUAAUAGGGUUCCAGCCUCGGCACUAGUGCUGAUGCAGCUGUUUCUGACAUCAAUGUGGAACGAAUUCACUGAAUGCACAAGAGCGAGGGAUGAAAGAAAAGAUUCAGUUGCUAGUCUGAGUUGUUCUUGCAAUCUGCUCUCAGUCGGUUUUGUCCUGAGCAGUCUCUUUGUGUGCGGUCUGAACCGAGACGGGGCACAUUUGCAUAGCUGGAGAAUUUGGUGGCAGAUUGCAACGUUAGAGGGCAAAAACACUGCUGGAACUUCAUUUGCAGCCUCCAGGUCAUGCUCUGGAACCACGGCGACACGCAACCCACGUGGCCGGGAAACGUUUCUUUUUGCUUCAAGCCUUUUUGUUUAAACCUUGUUCUCGUCCAUCCCAAGGACUCUCGUCCUUGAAAACCCAAUAGCAACACACUGCCCCGCAUCCCUAUGGAUUCAGGAUUCUACCGCUAGGACGUGGUGCGUUAACGAAGCAGGGGCUCGGUAACAGGGUUGAACAAAGCAUUUGUCAAGGUCUCCUGUCACCACCCUGCUCUCCCCUCCCUGCAGCAGCAUUGCGGAGAGCAGCGCAGCUCGCUGCAAGGCAGAGCUGCUGUCAACUCGUUAACACUUUCUUUCUCUUUGCGAAAGGCACCGCUGUGGAAAUGGAUGGUAAAGAUCUUAUCGUGCUUUGGCUGCUCUCAGGUGCCUCUUACACGCACCUUUGUGAAGGCUAAAGAAAAAUAAAAUGCUUUUGGAGGAUGAAAAAAACGAUCACUCCAAUAUAUGUGUUAUGUUAAAUCUCUGGCUUAUGGGAAAAUAAAAUGGCUGUUUGGAAAGAUCUCUUUCUUCUCUCUGCCCAGCAUCAGCUGCUCUCCUGCGCUGGGCAGGAGGGAGAGGAUCGGGGUGCCAGGAAUUUGCAACUGAGAAAAGCAGGGUUUGGGGCGGCUGCACUGCGCUAUGCUUUGAGGAGAGCAGCGCAGCCUCUCCCGACGGCAGGAUUCAGACAAAGGCUUUGAUCACUUGGGUUAUGAAGCUGGAAGCGUCCUCACCAAACUGGGGCGGGUGGCAGACCCAGGCUCUGCUCCCAGCCCUGAUUUUUUGGCAGCCCCUGCCCGGCAGCACACGCAGGCUUCGUGGGGCUGAGGGCACACCUCUGCCAGCCCGACUGCAGCGCCUUGGGCGAGCGAUAAGCAAGGCUCAUAAUUAACAGCUUAUCCUCGGCUCUCGGAAGCCAGGAGGUGCUUUUUCAAUUGAUUUUGGUAGCGGCUGGCUCAGAUCCCGAAUCUGUUGCAGGAAGGUAUUAUUCCCAAACGCUGUGAAUUCCUUUGUCCUUCUCUCUCACCCAGUUUUCCCAUUUGUGGCUCUCUACAAGCUCUGGGGAUGAUUUUCACCUGAGUUUUGCUUGCCUCAGAAGAAGCACGUAACAAAGGUGAGCUUUGUGGCACCAGGUGCUUGCAUUUGCCUCUGGGCCCUGGGGAAGGCCACCAUCCAAGCGCUCCGCUCCAGCCACGCCUGGCACAGCUUCUCCGAAUGCACGGUCAAGCUGGGAGAUGGCUCCUCCUGCUUUCCAAGAGGCAGCGUGGAGGGAUGCUCUCAGCUGCUGCUCAGGGGUGGGACACAGGCUUUUGGAGGUGCCUGCUGAGACCCCACGGGACUGAAAAUACAGUGAAGGAGCUGUGGUAACGUAUUCCUGGGAUAGCACGUUCUGACAGCUCAGCUAUUGUCUGGUCUGCUGUUGCACUAACAGAUAACACACCCUUCUUCUUGGAUUUAUUCUGCAUUUACGGUGGUAGUGCUAAGAAUUCUUUUACGUUUUAAAACUCUUAUCCCCAGAGAAUGAGGACUAAGUGAUGUUUCUGAAGGUUACACCCUCUAUAAUCAUCACUCACAUGGGGUACCAGCAGCGGCUGUUUGACGCUUCUGCUAGGAAAUCAGAUGCAGCCCCAAUAUCACAAACACACACCGAACUACCAUUUGGGAUGUUUGCUUUUUGGUGCUAAGCCCUGUAUCCAGCAGAGCAGGAAGGAAAAGCAAAGCAGAUCCCAGCUUGAGGCAGCCCACCUCUGAGCAAACGCAUGGGGCUGCCAGGGACAGUGCCAGGCUGUUAGCUCCGCUCCCUGCCUGGGGAGGAGGAAGGAAAAUAAUCAAAGCUGAUUUUGUCCAGCUGGUUUUGUUGAGAACGGAAAAGUGAAAAGGCUGUGGCAGGACUGUAAGAAGUAAUGAAAGAGGGUGACUGUCUGGAGAGCUGGACUGAGACACUGGCACUUGGUGCUCAAGAAAGGGGAAAACUGUGUGCAGACAUGCCUGGCCAAGCCGCAGGCUGCAGGACUAUUAGCAAGGACUAUUAAAUCCAGGGAGGAAAAGAAGAUUCAUGGAAAUUCUGCCAUCAGCAAUGGAAAAGCACCCAGAGAGACGGGGAAGAGGCCAGCAGUGCAGCCAGUCCCACAGCCACGACGAGAAGGGCAUUUUGUUCCCCACCAAAGACAACCUGAACCUCAGACAGACCAUGGUUUACAGGCUAACCAGCACUGUGUGUUGAGUCAGAGAUUUCAGAGGCUAGGAACAUAGCUCUGUGCAGUCUGAGCAGAAGCCCACCUCAGCCCUUGCACUGGGGGCUGCAGCAGUCUCACAUCCAUCCUUUCUGGAUUCAAGUGCAUCCCGAGGAUGCUGCACACCCAGCCUUGGUCCUGUUGGUGGCCUAAGGACAGAAAGAUAGCAGCAUCCAUCAUGUGUGCUGAGUGCCGUGUGGGAUCUGGCCAUUCCGUCCAGCAAUAUAAGGAAAAACAUUGUUCAGUACCAUCUUUUCACACUUCUUUUCUCAGCCUUUCAAAAGCUCGUUUCCAUUAAGCUUCUGUGUCCCUUCUUCCAAGUCCUAUCACAGCCAUGUCACAGGCACGUAGUAGCCAAUUGCAGCUGCAAAUCUCAAUACAGCUUCUACGUGCUGGAGUCAGUGCUUGCAAGCUGCCUGGGGUUUCUCCAGAGUGAAGUGCUCUAUCUGUGUAAAAAAUAUGAUUUCCAUUUGAUUGCACAAACCUCUUCUUGUCUCGAGGGAGCGAUGAGUCACUCAGUGUCAGUGCCACGUCCAGCAUCCACAGACAGACCCACGUGUCUGAGAAGCUCCGAUAGAUCUCUGACCAGUUCCUCCCAUGACUCAUAACAACAAAAAGAAAACGUCUAAACCAUUUGCUCUGUGCUCGGAAAGCUCCUUAAGAGCUGAGUUAUGCAGAUAUUCAUUCAACUGCAGGGAGAUAGGCAGGGACUGCCACACUUCCAGUCUGCAGAUGAAUGAAAUGAAGCAGAGUGGAAGGCAUUUGCAUAUGGCCACAGUGCCAGGCAGGCGUGAAGUCUGAUUCCUGGCCCAGGACACUGCAGCAGGUCACAGUGAGCUGCUGGCCAGGGAACCACCCUGCCUUCUGCACCCCACCCCAUCAGAGAUGCCAACAGCUGAGGGUACCGACCCCAUGAAAAGAAGAGGCUUUUCCCUAGGGGAAAAGCUGCUACCUUAAGUCCUUUGGAAAUCAGGAACUGGAUUUCCUUCAGUGAUGCCUAUCCGGGAAUCCUCAGAUGCACCUAAGAUCCUGGCACCAGGGGGUUAUUAUAGCAGUUCUGCUAACAUCAUACUAAACAUGCAAUUGCUUGUCAUCUAGAUUUUACAUUUGCUUACGUAUGCUUUCUCAGACGUGAGCCUUUCAGGAGGAAUUGACCUUGGCUUUGGAUCAUGUAAUUCAUAGUAGGAGUUCAGUGCACUCCCCUCACAACUCUUUCAGAAAUUCAGCUUGAAUUCUCUUUUGGCCUUCUGCUGGGCCCACAAAAUGAAGCUGGCCAAUGCCUGGUAAAGAUAUUUUGAGACUUGGAGUGAAGAAAGGACUAUGGUUACAUUUGGAUGGCCCAGGAGCAGUUUCCCAUCACAGCUGAACACCUCUUGCUAGCUGCUGCCUCCUCUCUCUCAGCUCCCCUUCCUCACGCUAAACAUGCUAACCAGAAGGAACAGAUUUGGUCAGCUUAGCUCCCCACACUGACCCGUCACCACAUCUGACGAGGCCUAGCAAGCAGGACCAGGGUGGCCCCACCUAGCAUUGGUUUAGUUUACCACAGCAACUGCACGGUAGAAGCAGAGGCACUUCUCCCCUUCUCACCUGCUUGUGGGAGCCUUAUGCUGCCCUCCAUUAGACCAAACAUUCGAGCAGGGGUAUGGCCAGUCAGAUCAAAGGAAGUUCAAUAUUCAGUGCAAGGUGGGACCAUGGAAGCCUGGAGCUGCAACAGUUGGGACAUCAUGGUGCCACUGGACUCACCAGAUGGAGCAGCUGGAGGGUUUCCCUUGGCUUAACAGUCAAAGAGCUGUUAACAGGCAUUUACUCCUCUGCAAAAAGACAACAAAUUGAGAAACCUGGAAUGUCCUGAGGCAGAGUCUUCAUCUGAUACAUGUUAACGGUCAACUGCUUUUCUCAUGUGUCAAAUGCACACCGUAUUCCUGCAGAAGGAAGCGGUGACUGCAGGAUUGGUGACCAGUCGUGUCCCUCAGGGGUCAGUGCUGGGACUGAUGCUCUGUAAUAUCUUCACCAAUGACACUGACAGUGGGAUCCAGUGUACUCUCAACCAAACUGUGUUGUGCAGUUGACAUGCCCAAGGGAUGGGAUGCCAUCCAGAAGGACCUUCACAGACUCAAGCAGUGAGCCCAGGAGAACCUCAUGAGGUUCAACAAAGCCAAGUGCAAUGUCUUGCAGCUGGGUCAUGGAAAUCCCCGUUAUCACUACAAGCUGGGGAAUGAAAGAACACAGGAGCACAGCCCUGAGGAAAAUGACUUGGGGGUACUGGUGGAUGGCAAGCUGGACAUGAGCCAACAAUGUGCCCUCACAGCCCAGAAAGCCAACUGUAUCCUGGGUAGCAUCCAAAGAAGCACG